AUGGCCAAGACACCGCAGAUAAUCACGAGGACGGUUCUACUACUGCUUGUGCUGCAGAGCAUUUCGGGCGACGACCGUAUGGAGGUAGGGGUUGACGUGGAAAACGAGCCUGCGGUCGAGCCCCCGAGGCUCGACAUCCCCGCCGAGCCCGCCGACGCGUCGCUGUUUUUCCACGUCGCCGACGCAGAGCACUCAUUUGCGUGGGAGCUGGAGGAGCUGGCGGGCGACGCGUCGCCCGCUGGCCAGGACGACGAGGAUGACGCGUUAGUCGAGCAGCUGCGGCGGGAGAGCCAGCGCAUGGCGCUGAGCCUGGAAGGGACAGCGGACAGCUCGUGUGUGCUGAAGGUGCUCGGGUUCUACAUGGACUAUCUCGACCGGCAGCACGACGCCGAGUACCAGGGCAGCGGUGGCGGUGGCGGUGGCGGCGGCAUUGGGAACGAUAGCGGCUACGAUAGCGGGUGCGAUAGCGACGCGGGCAGAGAUAGGGGCAGCUGCGAUAGUGGCGAUGGUAACGCGGGCGGGGGCCACGGCAUUGGCGACGACGUGGCCGGAGAUAGCGCGCUCGAUCGGGACGGGCUAGUGAAGCUGAUUGCCGUCGAGCUUACACAGUGUCUUUUUGCGAGCGACGGGGCGAUGCGGCGGCUCGGGCCUGCGUGCGAGGGCGUGUGCGAGCACGCCCGCCGCCGCCGUGGGCCCGGCACUUCCGCCGCCGCCGGCACCGUGGCCAAGCAGGUGAACCGCUGCGUGGCCUCCUUGAGCAAUGACAUGGCGCUUUGGACCACGUUCAACGGGUAUUUGGGCCAGGUGGACACCAUGCUGCACCGGCAUUUCGUCCAGCUCGACAAUGUGCGGCUACUCAGUGGCUACAGGCAGGUGCUUGCGGGGCAGAAGCGCACGUUAGACUCCCUUGUGGUGCGGCUCGUGCGUCUGGCGCGGCUCUUCAGCGAAACGGUCCCCGCAGCGGCAGCGGCAGCGGCAUCGGCAUCUGCCUCCGUUGCUGCAUCCGUCGCUGCGUCGCCGGUUGCCCCGGGCAACGCUGCCGGCGCGGCGGGGGCCAGCGCACGCCUGCCCUACGGACAAGCGAGGACGAUCCUUCGUCGCUGCAGGCGCCUCCUUUUUGUCUGUGUGUUGCCGGCCGUGGCGGUGGGCUUUGCAGGCGCGGUUUUUGGGCGCGCGCUGGCCAAUCGGCAGCACGGUGCACGGGGCACUCGGCGUGCGCCGCCGCCAGCACGUUGCGGGUGGGGCUUGCGCACAAUAGGGACGGCGACGCCAACGAAAACGAUGACGAUAUCGAUGGGUGGGGUGCAGCCAGACCGAGAGGAGGUGCUGGGUGAGCAAGCGGCGUCGGGUGGGAACAUGGUGGAUGCUGCAGCGGCGGGCACCGAGAGCUUCGAGCGUGCAGUGCUGGAACGGGCCAUCGCCCUGCUUGUUGGCGCCGGGUGCUGCUACGCCGUGCUCCACGCCGAUGAGCAUCCCGGCUCGGCGGGGGGCCGAUAG